AUGGGCGCCGCAGCCGCCGCGACGCGCGGAAAGCGAAAAGAGGCCCCCGUGAUAGGGUGCUUGCUGAGCCUGGGAACUCCGUCGGGGCUCCUUAUCGCCUCAGCAAUUGAGAGGGCGGUGAGGGAGGUGGAGGCGGCAACGCGUGUGCGGAUAGUGCUGCGCAUGGCUAACGCCAGUGACUCUGACCCCUUCCAGGCCGAGGCUGCAGCCUUGCAGCUGCUUCUGACAGCGCCACACCCAGACGUGCUGCUAGGGCCGCCCACGUCGCUCCAGGCCUCCAUUGUGGGACCCAUCGCCUCAGCUGUCCAGGUGCCUCUGCUGUCGUACGCAGCGUCAGACCCGCUGCUGAACGCCAAUGCACAGCUGCCUUACUUUGUGCGCAUGCAUUACGAUGACCAGGCGCAGAUGACUGCUGUCUCAGACAUCAUAUCGUAUUACAACUGGACGCAAGUGGUGGCGCUGUUUGAGAGCACCGACAGCGCGUGGAACGGGUUCCAGACCCUCACACGCCUGCUGCAACAGCGGGGCACGGCGCGUGUGGUGGCGUCGUGGCAGUUUGACAGCGGGGUGAGCGCUGUGGAGGACGUGAUGAAGGCACUGCUGCAGGUGCGGUCGGUGGAGGCGUCUGUCUUCGUGCUGCACCUGCAGAACGAACCCACCAUCCACCUCCUGCUCAAGACCGCGUCGCAGCUGGGCCUGUUCACGGAGGGGUAUGUGUGGAUCGCGACGGCGGGCGUGAUGUCUCUGCUGGCCGCUGAGCCGCGCCUCUCCAGUACUCAGGCCUCCUGCGAGGGCAUGAUAGGCACGCUGCCCUUUGAUGUGCCCACGCCACAUCGCGAGGAAACUGUCAAGGCCAUUUCUGGCGUGGCCAAACUCACUCCCUCCCUGCUGCUCAGCGAAGCAGAGGGGUACCGCCAGGCGCUGUACGCGUAUGAUGCAGUGAAGCUCUUUGCCACUGCUCACCUCGACACGCUCCUCCAUCCCCCCGCGCCACCCCCGCCCCCGUCUCCUUCCGCCCCCUCCCAAGGCAACUCCUCCUCCUCUCCUGCUCCUCCUGCUCCGCCCGCUGCUGCUUCCGGGGGGGUCAUUGAGGGGUUUCAGCAGCUGCAGAUUCGGCAAGUUGCACCUUGCCUCCUGGCAGCAGUGAAAUCGAGCAGCACGCAAGCAGGGCCGGACGGGGCUGGAACGUCUGUGGGCGGUGCUGGUGGUGUGCUGCGAGACGUGGUGUGGCCGGGGGGGACCAAGACCGAGGUGCCUGUGGGCUCCUUCCCGAAGAGCUCUGCACCGCUGCAGAUUGCAGUGCCAGUCAAGCGGGGCUACCAUCAAUUUGUGUUUGUGGGCGACGCGCUCUCCAACCUCUCUCGCUCCAACGAGAAGUUCUCCGGGUUCUGCAUUGACGUGUUCAAGGCCGCCGUGGCGCUGCUGCCGUACAACCUGCAGUACCAGUUUGUGGCGUUCGGGGACGGCCUCAGUGAUCCUAACUAUGACACCAUGGUCGCUGCUGUCGCUAACAAGACGUAUGAUGCAGCAGUGGGGGAUAUCACCAUCACGGCACAGCGAGCCCAGCUAGUCGAAUUUACCCAGCCCUUCGAGGCAUCAGGCCUGACGAUGAUAGUGCCGGUGCAGCAAGCACCGCCGGACACGUGGGCGUUCUUCCGGCCGUUCACCCCGGGCAUGUGGGUGCUGCUCUACUUCUCCUUCUUCUACACCGCGCUCGUCGUCUGGUUCCUCGAGCACCUGCAGAACGACGACUUCGGGGGGAAGCUGCACCAGCAGCUCGCCACCAGUGUCUGGUUCUCCUUCUCUACUAUGACCUUUUCCCAAGAGGAGAACGUGAAGACGACCCUGGGGCGCAUAGUGGUGAUAGUGUGGCUGUUCGUGGUGUUUGUCAUCUCCUCCGCAUACACUGCCAGUCUCUCCUCCGUGCUCACUGUCAGCCAGUCCGAACCCACCAUACAGGACUUCCAAUCGCUGGUGGUGUCGAAUGAUGCAGUGGGGUACCAGCGCGGGUCCUUCUCCUUUGAGUACCUUCGAAGCGUGGGGAUCAACGAGUCGCGGCUGGUGGCGUUGUCGGACGAGGCGGAGGUGGACGGGGCGUUGAACCGCACGGACGUGGUGGCGAUGGUGGACGAGGAGCCCUAUGUGGACAUCUUCCUCUCUGAUUACUGCGCCUACAGCAAGCCCUCCCACUCCUUCGCCACCUUUAACCUCGGCUUUGCGUUUCAGAAGGGGUCAUCGCUGGCCAACGACAUGUCCAUUGCCAUAGAGGCGCUCGCUCAGAACGGCCAGCUGCAGUCGCUGCACGACCUCUGGCUGCACGGUCGGGGCACGUGCAGCAGCGGGCCGUCACUGCAGUCAAUCCGUCUGGGGCCGGACUCCUUCUGGGGGCUCUUCCUGCUCUACGUCGUGGCAGCAUGCGGGGCAUGCCUCCUCUACGUGGUGCUGCUUGUCUACCGCGGACUCAAGGCCUUCCAGCAUGCGCGGCAUGGCCAUGCGGAGGACAGCGAUGAGCACACCAACCCCAUUGCCCCCAUGCCUAAGCCUAAGAGGCUCAAGAGCCACGUCAGGCAUUACAAGAGCGCUUACACCGCUGUAAGGUGUGGAGUGGAGUAUGCAGAGGAACAUGGGUUAUUCAACACGCACACCUACCGGGGUGCUCAGCAGCAGUGA